AUGAUUCAUUCUGUCUUCAUUUUAUUGUUUGUUGUACAAACCGCGAUUUUUUCAGCUGAAUCAAACAAAAUAAAUUUAGUUGCUAAGACAAAUAACGAUGACAAUUCAACAUUAGCCGAAUGUGAUACAUGCUUAGCAGGGAUGAACUUGGUUCACUACAUUCUUUCAGAAAAUUAUUGGGUACAGAUUUAUAUGAUUGCAGCACAACAAGUAUGUCAGUCUAUUCCAUCAGAAAAUCUAAGAAACACUUGCCUCCAAUAUGUGAAUAAUUACCUUAAUAAAACUUUGAACAUACUGGCUACAGCAGUGAAUCCUGACUACAUUUGCAAGGCAUUACAAGCUUGUACAAAUGAUACAAAUUCUUUAACUGCUAGAAACACCGGAGAUAGUAUACUGUGUGAAGAGUGUAAAUUUGUUUAUAAUAGAAUACAAAGUAUUUUUACUGAUCACACAGAAACUAAACAAAUGAAAUCUUCAAUGAAAGUGAUAUGUUUACUUUAUGCGUCAGAUGAAUCAAAGUGUAACAAAAGCAGAUCAAUCAUGUUAUGCACUUUGCUCUUUCAUAAAACUUUACAAACUUAUCUUCCAUUAAGUGGAUGUUACAUAUGA